GGGGGUCCGCCCCGGGGGAAGGUUCAGGGUCUCUGCCUUUCGCUCCAGUCGCUGGUCCUGGUGACUCGGCUGCCCUACGUGACCCUCUUCCACUCGCUGCUGCACCUGGUCGCCCCCGAGUACUUUGAAAAGCUGGACCCCUGCCUGGAGGCAGUCUGCAGCGAGAUCGACCAGUGGCCGCCCCCAGUGCCUGGCCAGACGCUGAACCUGCCGGUGAUGGGGGUGGUGAUUCAGGUGAAGAUUCCUUCCCAGGUGGACAAGCCCGACUCCUGCCCUGCCAAGCCGCUGAUUUGGGAGAACCUCCUGCCAGCUCCCGUCAUCCUGCCCAGUGUUGCUGAACUGGACCUCUUCAGGUGCUUUCAGUCGGUGCUGGUCCACAUUCAGCUGCUGUGGGAGCUCGUCCUGCUCGGGGAGCCCCUGGUGGUGGUGGCCCCCUCCCCCGCCAUGUCCUCCGAGGUGGUCCUUGCCCUAGCCAGCUGCCUGGCACCCUUGAAGUACUGCUGCGAUUUCCGCCCAUACUUCACUAUUCACGACAGUGAGUUCAGAGAGUACACGACGCGUCGCCAGGGCCCCCCCAGCGUCCUCCUGGGCGUCACGAACCCCUUCUUUAUCAAGGUGCUGCAGCACUGGCCCCACAUCCUCCGCCUGGGGGAGCUCCGGAUGGCUGGGGACUUGCCCAAGCAGGUGAAGCUGAAGAAACCUGCCAAGCUGAAGACCUUGGACACCAAGACAGGACUUUACACAUCUUACAAAGCAUUUUUGCACAAGGACAAGACGCUGAUCAAGACCCUCCUGAAAGGCAUCCAGAAGCAGCGCCCGUCGGAGGCCCAGAACGCCCUGCUGAGGCGCCAGCUCUUGGAGCUCACCCAGAGCUUCAUCAUCCCCCUGGAGCACUACAUGGCAAGCCUGAUGCCUCUGCAGAGGACCAUCACCCCAUGGAAGACUCCCCCCCGGAUCCGCCCUUUCCACCAGGAGGACUUCCUGAGGAGCUUGGAGGAGGCUGGGCCCCAGCUCACCUGCGUGCUCAAGGGCGACUGGCUUGCCCUCUACAGGCGAUUCUUUAAGUCACCCAACUUCGAUGGCUGGUUUCGUCAGAGGCACCGAGAGAUGCGGCAUAAGCUGGAAGCUCUCCACCUGGAGGCCAUUGCUGAAGCGGAUGUCGGGGCCUGGAUGAUGGACAAGUCGGAGGCCGAGGCCGUGGACCUGGUGCUGAAGCUCCAAGAGAAGCUGGUCCAAGCCAGGAGCCGAGGCCUCCCUGCCAGAGAGGAGACGCUCCAGCGAGUGGGUCAGCACGUUGCCCUUGUGGCCCAGUCGCUGCCCGAGGACCUGCGAGCCAUUCUGUGUGGCCAGGAAACAGCCAGUGCCAGCUGAAGGGGGCAGCUCACCGGGGGCCGGGGGGAGGCAAUUCAGGGAGGAGAGGGCCCUUUGGGGCCUUUAUGGCAGAGGAUCGGUCCUGGGACUCGAAUGGAGAAGGUGCCAAGCCUGGGUGGAAGCAGAACGGCGCAGUUGACGUGUGUGGCUGUGCGAUGGACAGUGGUUGUGUGUCCUCCAGAGGAGCUAAUAAAGCUGAAUUAUCAGCA